AUGCGAGAGCCCAACCAGUCCUUUGUGACGGAAUUCAUCCUUCUGGGCUUCUCUGUGGGCCCCAGGACCACUCCUCUGCUCUUCCUGGGCUUCCUGCUGAUCUACCUGUUGAUUAUUCUGGGCAACGGCUUGAUCACCACCCUCAUCUGCCUGGAUUCACGGCUCCACACUCCCAUGUACUUCUUUAUUGGCGUCCUUUCCAUGUUGGACCUGGGCUACACCACUACCACUGUGCCCCAGAUGUUGGCACAUCUGGCCAGCCAGAGGAAGACAAUCUCUUUUGCUAGCUGCGUGGCCCAAAUGUACAUUUUCUUGGUGCUGGGCAUCACCGAGUCCUGGCUCUUUGCCAUGAUGUCUAUAGACAGAUAUGUGGCCAUCUGUCACCCACUCAGGUACAAGGCCAUCAUGAGCCCAUGGCUAUGUGGGACAAUGGUCAUUUUCUGUGGGCUCUGGGGUGUUGCCUCUGCCCUCGCCUACACCCUUUUUGCCAUGCGUCUGCCCUACUGCGGUCCCAACAAGAUCAACCAUUUCUUCUGCGAAGUCCCCGCAAUCUUAAAGCUGGCUUGUGCGGACACCUCAGUCAAUGACCGAGUAGACUUCAUUCUUGGUUUUUGUGUAGUCCUGAUCCCACUGUCCCUCAUCCUUGUAAUUUAUGUCAACAUUUUUGUUGCCAUCUUGAAGAUCCGUUCAGCACAGGGGCGGCUGAAGGCCUUCUCCACCUGUGCCUCCCACAUCACGGUGGUCACCAUGUUCUGUGUGCCAGCCAUGGUCAUGUCCAUGAAGCCUGGCUCAAAGGCCUCCCCAGAAGAGGACAAGAAGCUGGCUCUGCUCUACAAUGUGAUCUCUGCCUUCCUCAAUCCCAUCAUCUACAGUCUCCGGAACAAGGAUGUGAAAAGGGCUUUCCUCAAGGUGACAGGCUGGGGCAGGACCCCAGAAUGA